AUGAAAUAUGAAUCCACACCCUCUUCAUCAUUACCCAAAACUUCUUUUACUUCUGGUUUAAUUUUAUCACCUGAACCACCAUCAUUAAUAUCAUCAAAACUUCAAUCAAUUUCAUUUAUAGCUGGAAUAUUUGCUUCAAUAACAACUGAUGAAUUAUCUCGUUUAUCACCAACAAAUCACGGACAUUUAAAUAUAAAUCUAUCACAAAAAUUAAGUUAUUUAUCAAUUUAA